CAACGGCCGCCUUCCCGAAUAAUGUAUUAUUGAGUCUUUGCCCAAAAGAUAGUUUUGUUGUCGCGAGAACAGAAACGAUAAGACUUCAACUACUCCGUGUUUGGUCAACCAAAGUCUCAAAUCGCCCCUCCCAUCGCACUCACACACACGCUCACGCACACACUCAAGCCUCCCCCAGCAGCAGCUGGUGUGAUAAAGUGGUUGCAGUGCCUCCUCUUCACCCUUCCAUCCUUCCCACCUGGACCCCUUGUUGGCUCCUCUCCCUGCGAUCCUGGACCCCGGUCCCGAACUAGAGUCUCAGUCCACAUCCACACCACCUCAGUACAGCCACUCCCAGAACCUCCCUGGCGUGCUAGACUCCUCCUGCACCUUGACCCAAACUCUCCACAGUUCGUUCUUCGAGCACGACUCACCAUCGCUGUUUCCGUCAGUUCCUGGACUCUCACACGACGCUUCUAAACCUUCACCCUACGAACUAUCCUCAACCAAGCCUUGCAAGCGAACGCGAACCCCUCGAAAUAUUGCUGAGCUAUCGAAACCUCCGUCUCUCUUCCUCCUCGCCUCGUCUCUGGUAACUUCGCAAGUCGCCGUUACAAAGUGCUUCAACACUUCUGUUUCACUUCGAGCUACGGAGGACGACCGUUCAACCACUGUCUCUCUUCUGCCCGCCUGGACCGCUUCCCGUCGAUCCCUAUCACUUUCUCCGCGAACGGAACUGUUCUCGCCUGCGCCCUUGCCCAUUCUCGUCGGAGAUCCUUCAGCCGAGCCCUCCUGUAUCGCAUUUUUGCACGCUGAGCAUCCCAGUACCAGGAUAAACGCCACCCUGACGUUUUUGGAAUACCUGUCUCUGGCGAGGUUUUUCAUCCCGAGACCCGAGCUGUGGCUGUAGCUCUCUGUCAUGGCUUCAAAGUUUCUGCGCGAAUACAAGCUGGUGGUGGUAGGAGGUGGAGGCGUGGGCAAGUCGUGCUUGACCAUCCAGCUGAUUCAAAGCCACUUCGUCGAUGAAUAUGACCCUACAAUUGAAGACUCAUAUCGCAAGCAGUGUAUGAUAGACGAUGAAGUUGCCCUCCUCGAUGUUCUGGACACGGCCGGUCAAGAGGAAUACUCGGCUAUGAGAGAGCAAUACAUGAGAACCGGCGAAGGGUUCUUACUCGUGUAUUCGAUAACCUCGCGCCAAUCGUUCGAAGAAAUCAUGACCUUCCAGCAACAGAUCCUCCGUGUCAAGGACAAAGAUUAUUUCCCCAUCAUUCUCGUGGGCAACAAAUGUGAUCUCGAGUCGGAAAGAGUGGUUUCAAAAGAGGAGGGGGCUCAGUUGGCGAGACAAUUUGGCUGCAAAUUCAUCGAAACAUCUGCUAAAUCACGAAUAAACGUUGACAAUGCCUUCUACGACCUCGUUCGCGAAAUUCGAAGAUAUAACCGAGAGAUGUCAGGGUAUCCCGGCGGCGCGCCAGGGCUUGGGUCUUUAGGCCCUGGUCAAAAGAUGGAGAUGGAUAACCACGCAGAGAGCGCAGGCUGCUGCAGUCGGUGUGUGGUCAUGUAAAGGGGAUGGGGACUUAAACAAGAGGCGGCCCGGGACACGACACCAACCUCAUACACCCCACAAGCGAAAGGGUUGCUGGGGCUCUAUGACCGCACGGAGUUAAGAGUAAAGAGUGCAUAUGUCUCUCGUGGAAUGGAACUGGACUGACUGGUUUGGCUUGCAUUUUUUUUCUUGGGGUGCCCAAAAGUCGUUGAGAAUCAAGAUUUCUUAAGGCUUGCGCCGCAAAAUUGAAAGAUUAUCUUCUUUUACAUAUUAUUGGGAGGGGAAAAGGAGGGUUUGGCAGUCAUGGAGGAUGAUUCUGCCACGGCGUUUGAUUCUUAUGGGAUGCAAGUCAUACACCAGAUACAGAAAACAGACAUCCCACAGGGGAGAGGCGGAGGGAGAGGGAGUAUUCCUCAAGGCAGCCAUCCAACUCGCCUUUCUCCCAGAAUGAGAUCUUCAGUACUGAAACACAAGUCUCGUCGCUUCGAGUGUCACCUACCGAUAUCUACUGAUUCACUAUGAUGUGCCUCGUAGAUAUCACAACAGUAAUGAUAUAGUGGCCGACCAUGGUGGUGGUGAUGAUAGUUGGACCAGCUCCGCCCUCGCAUUGGCUGUGGAACGUCUCC